AACAGAUACACAUACUCACUCACCUUCUUCCACUAUCCUUUUCCUCCUUUCUCUCUCUCACCACUUCACCACUCUCUCCACAAACACACAGCAAACUCAUAAACCCAUUCAUACAAAUACAACCACAGAGCAGAGCAGGGCAAAAUGCCACCGCCGCCACAACCACAACUCCGACCACCACCUCAACAACAACAACCACAACCACCCACCACCAACGGCGACCACAUACCUCAACAUCGCCCUCCACACAACACCCACAACCACCACCCAUACUACCCAUCCUCCUCCUCUUCCUCCUCCGCCUCCCUAAAAGGCUGCUGCUGCUGUCUCUUCCUCCUCUUCUCCUUCCUCGCCCUCCUAAUCCUCGCCAUCUUCCUCAUCAUCAUCCUCGCCGUCAAACCCAAGAAACCCCAGUUCGAUCUCCAGCAAGUCGGCGUUCAAUACAUGGGCAUCUCCGCCUCCAACCCCGCCACCCCCUCCACCCUCGACCCUACCACCACCGUCGCCAACGUACCCGCUACCACCGCCUCGCUUUCCCUAACAAUCCACAUGCUAUUCACCGCUGUUAACCCCAACAAAGUCGGGAUCAAAUACGGUGAGUCGCGGUUCACUGUUAUGUACCAUGGAAUUCCUCUGGGUAAAGCCUCGGUUCCGGGAUUUUACCAAGAAGCUCACAGUGAAAAACAAGUGCAGGCUACUAUCUCCGUCGAUCGGGUUAGCUUGAUGCAGGCGAAUGCGGCGGAGUUGAUUAGAGACGCGUCGCUUAAUGAUCGAGUUGAGCUUCGUGUUCUUGGUGAAGUUGGUGCUAAGAUUCGCCUUCUUGAUUUUGAUUCUCCUGGUGUUCAGGUAUCAGUAAAUUGUGCAAUAGCAAUUAGUCCAAGAAAGCAGUCUCUAACAUAUAAGGAUUGUGGAUUUGAUGGAUUAAGUGUCUGACUAAGCAAACCAAAAAAAAAUCUUAUUUUAUUAUUAUUAUUAUUAUUAUUAUUAUUUUGCUCUCUUGAGAUAAGCAAAAAGAGAGUGGAGAAAAGCAAAAGAGAAGGCUUAGAAAGUAGAAAGCAAGAACAUGGUAUGGAAGUUGGAUUGGAUCAUCAAUGGCUAAAAUUAAAGGGAAAAAAAGGGAGGAUAUUCUCUUGUGGGAAAUCAAAAGAAUUGGUCUUUUUUUAUUAUUUUCUUUCUUUUUCCCAAGGUUUUGCAGAUUUUCAUUUAAUUAGUUUGGUUGAUUACUUCACUUGUAAGCAAAAAAGUUUGCUUAUUGCUUAAGUGUAAAGUGUAAAAAGUCAUGUAAUGCUUUACCAUUCCUCACCCUAAUUCAAUUAUGAUUCACUACAAAUUGUCUUC